GACGUUCUCGCUCGGCUUCCAUUUUGUUCCUGACUUUUUAUUUUAUUUUAUUUUUUUCUUCUUCUUCCUUCAAAUGACUGAUGACCGCUCUUUGCGCGCGACCGCGGCGCCUGACAGCGACUGAGAAAUCGAUCACCGAUUCGCGCAUCGUAUCGACGGAGAGCGGCCCUGCGUGGCGGGUUUAGCGCGCGAGCGCUGUGCACGGGUCUGCAGCGCGCGCGCGCGCCAUUUUGUCCAGGGGACGCGGCGGCGCGCGCGCAGGAUGAGUCACUGACGGACGCGGGACUGCUGCGCUGCGGAGCGCGCCGACGCUCACCGAGAGGCGCUGUUCUUUUCUCUACAAGGCUUUGCAUCGGACAUACUUUGGAAAGGGAUUCCCAAAGAAGGCGAUUGGGGAUUAUUGCUGAUUCUCCCGGAGGAUUUUCAUUCCUCUCGUCAGAAAGAGGCGCGCGCGGCACGAUCUUCACCAAUGAUUGUGACAGUUAAAGAUCAACUCAAGCACCUCAGAAGACGACAAGACCCUGCUGAGACAUCAGGGCUGUUCUCACCUGGAGACCACUCGCGAGGCGCUUCAGUGGGCUGUGGUUUGCAGAUGGACUCCCCUGUCACAAUGAUAUGAGAUUUGUCAGAAGACGAUGCAUACAGGAGGAGAGACCUCAGCAUGCAAACCCUCCUCUGUUCGGCUGGCCCCCUCGUUUUCUUUCCAUUCGGCCGGUGUGCAGAUGGAUGCGCAGACGCCCCAUUCUCACCCGCCGUUCAGUGAUGGUCACCCGCCGGGCGCCGCUGACCAAUCAGCCGCUGCGCUGCAGGCCCCGCAGGUAACUGCUGAUAUGGUGAUGGUUCAGAGGCGGAUGCCUCAGUGUUUCCGGGAUCCAGCAACUGCGCCUUUAAGAAAACUCUCCAUCGAACUGAUCAAAACAUACAAACACAUCAAUGAGGUAUACUAUGCAAAAAAGAAGCGUCGUCACCAACAGGGUCAGGGCGAGGACUCCAGCAACAAGAAGGAGAGGAAGAUUUACAACGACGGUUACGAUGACGACAACUUUGACUACAUCGUUAAAAAUGGAGAGAAAUGGAUGGACAGAUACGAGAUCGAUUCUUUAAUAGGCAAAGGCUCGUUCGGUCAGGUGGUGAAGGCGUAUGACCGCGUGGAGCAGGAGUGGGUCGCCAUCAAGAUCAUCAAGAAUAAAAAGGCCUUUCUGAAUCAGGCUCAGAUUGAAGUCCGACUGCUGGAGCUCAUGAACAAACACGACACCGAGAUGAAGUACUACAUCGUUCAUCUGAAACGUCAUUUCAUGUUCCGGAACCACUUGUGUCUGGUCUUCGAGAUGUUGUCCUAUAACCUGUACGACCUGCUGAGGAACACCAAUUUCCGCGGCGUGUCUCUGAACCUGACGCGCAAGUUUGCUCAGCAGCUGUGCACCGCGCUGCUCUUCCUGGCCACGCCUGAGCUGAGCAUCAUCCACUGUGACCUCAAGCCCGAGAACAUCCUGCUCUGCAACCCCAAGAGAUCCGCCAUCAAGAUCGUGGACUUCGGGAGCUCCUGUCAGCUGGGCCAGCGGAUAUACCAGUACAUCCAGAGCCGGUUCUACCGCUCGCCCGAGGUGCUGCUGGGAAUGCCGUACGAUCUGGCCAUCGACAUGUGGUCUCUGGGCUGCAUCCUGGUGGAGAUGCACACCGGAGAGCCUCUGUUCAGCGGCGCUAACGAGGUGGACCAGAUGAAUAAAAUCGUGGAGGUGUUGGGCGUCCCCCCGAGUCAUAUUCUGGAGCAGGCACCUAAAGCCAGGAAGUUCUUUGAGAAGAUGUCUGACAGCACGUGGUGUGUGAAGAAGACCAAAGAUGGCAAAAGGUAUAAACCCGCAGGCUCCCGGAAGCUGCACAGUAUUUUGGGCGUGGAGGCUGGUGGCCCCGGCGGGCGGAGAGCCGGUGAGUCGGGUCACGCCGUCGCAGACUACCUGAAGUUCAAAGACCUGAUCCUGCGGAUGCUGGACUACGACCCCAAGACCCGCAUCCAGCCGUAUUACGCGCUGCAGCACAGCUUCUUCAAGAAGACCGCAGACGAAGGCACUAACACCAGCAGCAGCGUGUCCACGAGUCCAGCGCUGGAGCAGUCGCAGUCGUCCGGGACCACGUCCAGCACCUCCUCCAGCUCAGGAGGAUCGUCUGGAACGAGCACCAGCGGCCGCGCCCGCUCCGACCCGACCCAUCAGCACCGGCACAGCGGAGGACACUUCAGUGCAGCGGUGAGCAUGGACUGUCACAACCUCUGCCCGCAGGCGAGACAGGCCUUCGCGCCGGCGCUGGGGUGGGUGGGAGGAGACGGACUCCAGCAGGCGUCCGGAGAGACACACCCCGUCCAGGAGACCACCUUCCACGUGCCCCCCCACCAGCCCAAGGCUCUGCACCCCCACACGUCCCAUCACCACCAUCAUCAUCAUCACCACCACCACCCUCCGCCGCAGCACGGUCAGGGCCCCGCCCGGCCCCGGCCCCGCCUCUACUCGCCCUCCCACAGCGCCUCCACGCAGGACUCCAUGGAGGUGACCCACGGCCACCUGUCCAUGACCUCGCUGUCUUCCUCCGCCUCAUCCUCGUCCACGUCCUCGUCCUCCACGGGCAACCAUCACUACGCCUACCAGAGCCGCCCGCUGCCACACGGCCUGGGCUUCGGCCACAACGGCAGCAUGACUUUGGGACUGGGUGCCUUCUCUAACCCGCGGCAGGAGACGGGCGUGCCGGGUCACCCCUCGAACUCUGGGCCGGGCCACUACAUAGCUGAGACUCACAUGGGCCUGCGGCCGGGCCUGGAGCGCGAGGAGUCGCCCAUGGCGGGCGUGUGCGUGCAGCCGAGCUCCGUGGCCAGUUCCUGACUAUCCUAGCCUGAGAGCGCGUUUGUUGGGAUUAAAGCUGCUGGAACGGGACGAGAGCCGCCCGCGGACGCUUGACACGAGGCUUUCCUCCUCUGACCUUUGCUUCUGUUCUCGAUUCUCAGAUGGUUUCAGAUGCGCACCGGAGCGAGAGCGUCACGGCCGACCCACCCAACCCCCCACCGCGCUCGCGUCUUUUCUUCUUCACGUCGUGCAAUCGUGUGCUUCGAGCAGAGCUUUCCCAGAGUGCAAUGAGACCCCCGUGAUGGGCGUGCGGCCGCGGGCAGCGCUUCUUUAAAUGGCCUUAUCGUUACGGACUGAAUGAAGACGAGCCGGACGUUUCUUCUUCAAGUGACAAAAGCUUUCAUGUAUUUUUGACGUGCGAACACCCUUCAUUCACGCCAGAACAGAACGGUGAUCCGAGGCCUUUCUUCACUAGAGAUCCGCCGCGGGGCGUCACAGGACUGACGGUAUCAGCGACGGCCGUGUCCCCUCCCGCUCUUCUGUUGUGCUCGGCAUGUGUGUUUUACUUUGGCCCUUUCGCUUCUUUGAUUUGGCUUCGCGAUUAUGCUGUGAAUUUUACACCACUUUUGUUUCUCCCUUUUGAUAAUUUAUUGUACCAAAGGCGUUUUUUUUAUAGAACAUAGAUGUCUGCAACCAAUAAUGUAGCAGUUCUGCACUUUGAAGCAAAGGUGUGUGUCAUGUCAGUGAACGACUGUCAGAACUGGAAGUGAUGUCUGAUGUGGCGGAGAGCCCAAUCCUGGACGCCAUCGCUUACGAAAUUCUGUCGCUCUGUUUUUCUUUCUCUUCAUUUCCUCUCACCAGACGGCGGCGGCACGAGCUGCAAGCGUUUCCCGUCGGUGGUUUUGUGUUGAUUUGGCUCUCACGGGACGGUGGACGUGGACUCGAGCUGCUCGGCUGGUCCCAGAGCAGCUGGACAGUCGGAGAUCCUCCCGGCCGGACGCCGGUGCCGCUCUCUCUCGUAGCGGAAGCAAUCCGGCAGAGACCGGGAGGGAGAUGGGCUGCUCUCGAUCGCUCUCUCCGUCCGUCCGUCGGUCUGUGUGCGCGGUGGUGACGGUUGCGAGCGGACGCACGGUUCUCUAGAGUUCCUGUGGUCACGGCAUACAGAGGGAGUCCAUGAAACAGGCUUCAGGUGUUUACUUUGUGACCCCAUUUUAAUAGCUGAAAUAGAAUUUAUGUACAUAUUUAUAUUUUUUUAAUAAAGGAAGUUUAGAACUCACUACUUUUUUCCUAAUGGUAUUUUGAGUACAUUUACGUCAACUUGGUAACAUGCAGUGGAAGUUCUCUGUGGUAGUCAUGGGUAUCAGUGCUUCCAGGCCAAAGUAGUUGACGACGAUAACGACGCUAGUACAAAUGCAAAACUCUAGGGUUGAAACGGGACGGAGAGUAGAUCUUCAUACUUUAAUCUUCUAGACAGGGUAUCGUGUGUGGAUGUGUGUCCCAAGCAGAACGGCAUCGGGCGGCGCUUCACAUGUUCGUAUACUCCAGCGCUGACGUAGUAUACGUAGUACAGGAACUAACUUUCCGUUUAGUUGUGUUCUUACGGCACACGCUUCAGUAAAUGGGUCCAUUUGAAAGCAGAAGUCGGCUGUGGCAGACGGGGUGUGUGUGUGUGUGUGUGUGUGUGUGUGUGUGUGUGCUCACUAACUUCUAGCGUUUCAGGUCACACGUUACGAUUUGAAAUCUCUCUCUCCUUGGUCCGACUUUCCCCUCGGCUUCCCGUCCGGUUCGCACUCUCACUCCUCGUUUGGUUCCAGGACAUGUGAUGAUGAUGAUGAUGAUGAUGAUGAUGAUGAUGUAACAGAACGACAGACGGAUAUCUCGGAUCUUUAUCCACAGGUUGUAAGAUCAGGACUUUCUGUGUAAAUUAAAGUGUCACUGAGGGGCAGUAAUGGACAAACCCUUUGUACUAUAUUCAAGCGGUCUUAUGUAUGAUUAUAAAAAACAAAGUUGCUUAACUUGUA